CCCGACACACGGCGUUAGUCGUGACGUCUGCAUGGGCCUUUCAUCUAUGAGGAAGUCAAGCCAUCAUCAAGAUGUUCAUAAGUUCAUAGUUCGUGGUUUAGUUAUUUUGCGUCUCGUUGUCACAUAUAAUGCUUUCAGUCUAUUUGGCAAGUCAUGCUAUCCCAAGAAUUUUCUGAAAUGACUUUUCCUCGUGAGUGGGACGAUGAUGAACGGAUGGCAGUCCUUUUCUCUGCUUUUAAACAGAAUAGAGAUGUUAACCCAUUGGACUGGGAUAGCAAAAUGAAGUUUUGGACCCCUCUUAUACUUGACGUUGCUAAGCAAAAAGGAGUUGUGUGGGUGACAUUGAACGAAUUAAAAGAGACUUUCAGAAGAAAAGGCAGCAUUCCUUUAGGACUGGGAACUGUUUUGGAAAGCAUGAUAAGGCAAGGGGCACUGCGAUGCGAGUCUGACUUUGUAACCAGUGUGGAAAGUGGCUGGAUCUCUUGGGGCUUAGAUCUGCUGCUUGUGAAACCACUGAAAUGGACCUUCUCAACGAUGAUGGGGAGCAGUGGAGUACAGCCAGAAGAUUCAUUUGUUGUUAAGCAGCUUAUCAAGGAAAAGGCAGAUGAGGUGUACCAUUUGUUUCAAGACUCUUCUCUUUCCACCCAUCCAGUAGUCCCUUUCUCGGAGCUGCAAUCUCUGUGUAAUACCACUUGUCAAGAUGAGAAAACCUUUAAACUAGCUAUGCUUCAGCUGCAAGCAGAGAAGAGAGCAGCUGUUUUGGAUUACAAAGGAGAAAAGAUUGUCAAAUUUACUCGUACACCAAAGGCAAAAGUUGCAUCCCUUAAUGAUGUGGACAUUGGGGUCUAUCAGCUGAUGAAAAGUGAAAAGUUGCUGUCUGAAAGAAUGGAAUUGUUGUCAAAGGAGGCAGAAAGGUGUAAGGAAGAGGCCAGAUGUCAUGUGAAAAACGGAAAACAAAAACUGGCUUUACGAAGUUUAAAAGCAAAGAAACGAGCUGAAAAACAAAUUGAUGGAUUUCACUUGAAGCUGGACACAAUCCAGGCAAUUCUCGAUCGAAUUUAUUCUGCUCAAACAGACACCACGGUGACCGAUGCCUACCAGGCUGGUUUAGAUGCUUUGAAACUGGCCAUGAAGGAUGUCACUGUGGAAAAGACUGAAAAUCUUAUGGACCAGAUUCAGGAGAUGUGUGACACUCAAGAAGACAUCAACCGGACACUUGCCAGCCUGGGGACUGAACUGUCAGGUGAUACUGACAUGGAUGAACUGGAGCAGGAGCUGGAUUAUAUUCUAGAAAAUGCUGAGAUGCAACCUGUGGACCUUCCAGAGGUCCCCAUAAAACCACUACCUUCCGAACCACUUCCUGCCUUACCCGACUUACCAGAAUCACUUCCAGAGCUACCCAGUGAUAGCACCAAAGAGAAAAACAAAUACGCACUGGAAGAAGAUUUGGAUACAUUGAUGACACACAUGUCUUUGGAAGCUUAAGCAGUUCUACAGCUAACAAAUUAAUAGUCUGGAAUAUCUGCAGGUCACCACUGAGAAGUUAGCAGAUUCAUCUCUGAUGAAUACAGAAUGAAUAAUGGCCGUGUAGAGCAAGACUUUAUUUUGUUCUGUUGAGCGAGGAAUGUCGGAAGACUAACUUCAAGAAUGAUGAAACGGAAUUCCAAAGAUAUACCUGAUCAUUGGAUGUUGUUGUUUUAUACUUUGAUUGCAGAAUAAUUUUGGAAUCAUAACCUUAUUUUAAUGCAUCUAUACAUAAUUUUGAUAAGUCAUAUGCAUAAAAAAUUAGAAGCCACACAUUGUGUGAUCAGAGAGUUUGCUAAGCAUCUUGGUAAAUAUGGUUGACAAAACCUCUGUACUGUAACAGCUGUUAAAAUAAUUCAUGCCAUCUCAUCAUAUGAAAAAGAAGUACAGAUUCAGUAUAUGAAUAUAGAGGGAUUGAUUACAUUUUCCAUUGUUGCAUAUAAAAUGUUUGUUAAAGCUGUGUGGAUUCAUUCAGCAGUCAGUUAACUGAGAAUGAAUGGAAGCUGUAUUUUAUAGUACUUGGUAGAAUUUUUAUUCUCACAUUUGGCAGAUUAUUAGACUUGUUUUUGCUACAAUGCCUAUAUCAGAUGGCUUCUGUCCAUGUAGUUAAAACAUUAACAAUUAAAAAUGUAAUGCAUUUGCACAAAGCUACCAAAAUACUCCCAAUUUAGAAGUUCAAAAAGCAAGGAAAAUGACCUUUCUGCAGUACUUGUUUUUGUUUAUUGGAUUUGGUUGUAGGGCUGAAUGUUAAAUGGUUCAGAGUAUAAUGUUGUCCUACAGACAAGGAGGAUGGCAAAAUGGGGUUCCCCUUUCUCCAAGAUGGAGUGAAGUUGGAGUUGGUUUUAUUAAUUAUGAUGUAAGGUAAAGAAGGGAAAGCCAUAUUUGGAUUUCUGAAAUCAACUGCCUUGUUUCAUCCGGUAUUGUUUUCCAAGAGGUGGCUGUGAGCAAGCAAGCUUGGAUCCUAUGUUUAAUGUUGAAAUGCUCCACACCACAUAUGUUAACACUAAAUAAAUGAUGGCUAUCUUGUGUAUAUAACCAUUCUGUUAUCAUAUCUGUGAUUUCUGGAUGCUUAACUGUAAUUGAUCAAGCUUUGCAUGUCCAUCAGAGUUCAGCAUGACUUUACAAACUUGUGAAAAUGUUAUACAGAAUGUUUUAAUAUUGUUUCUUGUAUUAUAUGGUUUCACAUUUAUCUUUGGUUCCACAAAAUAUCUCAAAAGUAUAUUUUUCUGUAUGCAGUAUGCCAUAUUAAACACUUAUGGAAUAUGGUUUCUUAA